AUGACGCCUGACGACAAUACCAGGGAAGAAGCUAAAUUUACUAAUUUUCAAGGUGACGUGGAAUGUUCUUCUGGGGCUGUCGAUGAGUUCGAAUUAUACGAAAAAACAUGUGAUUUACACCGUGCAUCAAAAGCCCAUAAUCGUGUUUCUGAAUGCGUCAACGAUAGAUGGCAAAGGAACUUGAAUGGGUGGUGUACACCUCCUGAAACUCUGCUUUGGGGUUAUCCAGAGGUGGUGCUGAAAAAGGACGGAUGGAAUAGAGGAAAAAGCGGCGGUGUAUCCACAGUUUCUGUAAAACCUUCAAUAUUACGUGUUCAAAGACGAUGCGUAGUGGUCCCUUGGCAUACUGCUGAGGUCCGGAAGUACGGGAAUAUCAAAAGGAUUGAUGGAGACGAAUACGUUAAAAGACUCAAAGGGCGGUUACGGCCAACUGAUACUUAUAUGACGACGAGGAAAAUCACUGCGGCUCAAGUUUCUGAUUCAUCAGUGUAUGAAAGACUUUCUCUCAGGUCAUUUGACUCACUACAAGUACUGGCAUGGCAUAUGAGUUACGCUCAUCAAGAUUUGAGCAGGACUGAUGAACAAAGUUCACUUUGUUAUUUAUGUGGAUACCAAAUGCAGACUGCAAAAGGAAAAAAUGCACAUUUAACAGCAAAACAUCGUUCAGUAGCUUUCCGCCACAAUGCUCAGUGCUUAGAGCAGAGAGAAGCAGUUAUUGCUCCAGGCGCUCCAGCCGCCGAGAGAUUAAAGCGAGAUGGAACUGAAGUGCAAUUGAUUGAGGUGCCUUUACGCGAGCCAGUCGUACACGUGGUUCACAGACAGUAG